AUGAGGCCGCUGGGUGUGACAUGCUGGUGGCUGGGCCUGCUGGCCGCCCUGGGAGCAGCGGCCGGCCCCAAGGAGGGCGGCACAGCCGAGGGCACGGAGGAAGAGGAGGGGUCUCCCGGUGAGUUCAUCUACCUGAACCGGUACAAGCGGGCCGGCGGCGAGGCCCCGGACAAGUGCACCUACACCUUCAUUGUGCCCCAGCAGCGGGUCACGGGCGCCAUCUGCGUCAACUCCAAGGAGCCUGAGGUGCUCCUGGAGAACCGGGUGCACAAGCAGGAGCUGGAGCUGCUCAACGGGGAGCUGCUCAAGCAAAAGCGGCAGAUCGAGACGCUGCAGCAGCUGGUGGAGGUGGACGGCGGCAUCGUGAGCGAGGUGAAGCUGCUGCGCAAGGAGAGCCGGAACAUGAACUCGCGUGUGACGCAGCUCUACAUGCAGCUGCUGCACGAGAUCAUCCGCAAGCGCGACAACGCGCUGGAGCUGUCGCAGCUGGAGAACCGCAUCCUCAACCAGACGGCCGACAUGCUGCAGCUGGCCAGCAAGUACAGAGACCUGGAGCACAAGUACCAGCACCUGGCCACCCUGGCCCACAACCAGUCGGAGAUCAUCGCCCAGCUAGAGGAGCACUGCCAGCGGGCGCCCGCCGCACGGCCUCUGUCCCCACCACCACCCGUGGCUGCCUCGCCACCCCGGGUCUACGCACCGCCCCCCUACAACCGCAUCAUCAACCAGAUCUCCACCAACGAGAUCCAGAGCGACCAGAACCUCAAGGUGCUGCCGCCCCCGCUGCCCACCAUGCCCACCCUCACCAGCCUCCCGUCCUCCACGGACAAGCCGUCGGGCCCAUGGCGGGACUGCCUGCAGGCACUGGAGGACGGCCAUGACACCAGCUCCAUCUACUUGGUGAAGCCUGACAACACCAACCGCCUCAUGCAAGUGUGGUGUGAGCAGCGGCAGGAUCCAGGGGGCUGGACAGUCAUCCAGCGGCGCCUGGACGGCUCUGUCAACUUCUUCAGAAACUGGGAGACCUACAAGCAAGGGUUCGGGAACAUCGAUGGCGAGUACUGGCUGGGCCUGGAGAACAUCUACUGGUUGACCAACCAAGGCAACUACAAGCUGCUGGUGACCAUGGAGGACUGGUCGGGCCGCAAGGUGUUUGCCGAGUAUGCCAGCUUCCGCCUGGAGCCCGAGAGUGACUACUAUAAGCUGCGGCUGGGCCGCUACCAUGGCAACGCCGGGGACUCCUUCACCUGGCACAACGGCAAACAGUUCACCACCCUGGACAGGGACCACGAUGUCUACACAGGAAACUGUGCCCACUACCAGAAAGGCGGCUGGUGGUACAACGCCUGUGCCCACUCCAAUCUCAACGGGGUCUGGUACCGUGGAGGCCACUACCGGAGCCGCUACCAGGAUGGCGUCUACUGGGCUGAGUUCCGAGGAGGCUCCUAUUCGCUCAAGAAAGUCGUGAUGAUGAUUCGGCCCAACCCCAGCACCUUCCAUUGACCUCCCCCUGCGCCCCCACCCUGACCAUGCCAGGGGAUGGUAGGUGGGGAUGGGCUCUGAGAUUCCAGCAUAGAGUCCACAAUGUUCUCACCCCCUACUUGGGUCUGCACCCCCAGACAACCUUGCACCCCACAGAUAAGGCAGGGCCCCCCACCUGCCGACUGGUAUCGUCUUAAGAAAAAUGAGGCCCCUGAACCAGCUCCUGGCCUUGUUUGCUCCCUCUUUGGCACGUGGUAGGGUUUGCAAGCAGACACGCACUAUCCCUUCACUUGGAUGCCGCAGGUCUCUGUGCAGACCCCUUAACAGGCAGAUUG